AUGUUCAAUAGCCAGUUCCGAGAGGCUCAGCAGCUGAUGCUGAAUCUCGAAGAAAUAGAACAAAGUGAAGCACGCAAUUCGGGAGUUGGAAACGACAAUCAAUUAGUAUAUCAAAGAGAUUCGGGUUACCAACCCCAAUGUCAAGGAGGCUUGUCAACCAAGUCGUCCCGUUUCUCCGAGAAGGAGCUGGCGAAUAACAAGUCACAUCGGCUUUACGGGGCACAAAAGCGAGAUCGGGACACUUUGAAUGAAAUAUCCACAUUGAUGAACGGCUCUAAUGUGGAAGGACUCCGUCUUGAUGGGUCAAAGGACAUGGUCUUAACCCCCAUCCCCAGUAUAUAA